AUGCUCAAUCCCUUGGCAGAUUUAUCGUUUCAAGACUCGAAUAUCAGUAGUUCUGCCUCUUUUACUCCUACCACGAUUGGGUCCACAGUCGAUCAUGAUGGUGCACAUCAAACUGCAUUUGCUGCAGCAGAGGACAGUCUGAAUCGCUUAAUGCACCAUCCUCUCAAUGUAAACCUAACCUUAUCACCAUCAAAAAUUUAUGGACAGCAAGAUAUUGAUAGUAAGCAUAUCGCUGACCAUCAAAGUCCAUAUAUCAAACUUGAAGACUUUAUUCACAAUCAGCAACAGUGCAAAAAUUCAUCCAUGGAUUAUAGCACCUGCUCGCAAUUAAACGAUGCUGAGCAGUUUUGUUCGUCUAACACUGCCGUACACCAGCAGUUUGCCCAGCCACUCUCAGAGCAACAAUUUAUUCCUUAUAUUGCAUCCGUUGAAUUACCAUCUGCCGACACCACCGCACUCGCGGAUGGCUGCCAUCAGCUGGUCCAUAGCCAGGCAAUACUAACUUCUAUAAACCUGAAUGGACAUGCUGGUAUAGAUCAUAAUGGCCACUUGCAGGCACAUAGUCCAGACAUAACUAUGCUUACAUCCCCAACUACCGGAAUCACCCAUCUAUCACAUGCGGCUGGCCUAUCGGGUGGUAUCCAUAAUGGUAUUGCUACUGUUUCUGUAAUGGGUCAAGGUAUUGGGGCAUUCUCUGACAGCCCACAUCCCAAUCUUUUAGCUGAUACCGGAAAUGCCAACUGCAUGCUCAUGGUAGAUCCUAUUUCACCGGUGCAUGCGGGAAUGACUUCCGAAACCAUGACUCAGAUGUUGCCUGCUAUUGUGGUAACCACAGGUUCCGUUCCUUUUCAGCAAAAGAUGAUGACUCAAGCCAGAUUUGGACUCAAAUCGUCCAUGCCGCAUACCCACCAUAAGCUGCAUCUUCAGCCUAUUCAAACUUCAUUUCUUUCCCUAAGCGAUCAACAGCAGCAACAGUUUUCUCCUAUAUCACCUCGCUCAACCCAUGUAUCUCCACUUUCCGCCCAAUACUCUGCCAUUUCAGAUGUGCCCUACGAUCGUGCUAUGCAAUUCAUGUAUGGCGGACCUGCCGAGUCUCCAAUCGCUCCCGUGCAGAUGACGUGGGAUAUGAGUAGUUCGCUUUUCCCAUCCUAUUCAAACAUGAAUAGUUCUGUAGUUGGUACCCAACGAGACUUUGGAAACCUUCGUACAACUCCGACACCGUCAAUUACCUCCACCAAAAUGAUGUUUCCUCAGCGUACCCUGCUUCUACCGCAACCGUUGCAACAGAUUCAGACUGGAAUCGGUCACAAUCCACUGUCAUUUCAGCAGUCAGAUGAGCAAGGCCUUCUUGCUCGUGCCAGGUUUCCCGAACUCUAUCAACACAUUCCCUUUCAGCACUACGACUCAUUCAAUCACCAACGCAGCUUCUCCAUGCCGCAUACUGUAGCUGCCUCGGAUUUGCUUAUGGAUCCAAACUCGUUUACCUUUCCUUCUGGUAGUCACGAAUCGCAAUCGCAUAUUGCACCAUUCUUUCAGCAGCUACCACUACUUCCUCAGCAGUCAAACCAAUCUCAGCAUAGUUCGCUUUCAAUGACUUCAUCUGAAGAUACUUUAGAUCAUCGGUUAUAUCACACACCAUGGCUACUGAAUCCUCAACAUGUGCCUCCAAUCACCGUUGAUCCUAAUUAUAUUGGCACCAAUCACUCUAAUUACUUGGCAAGCGCGACAUUACCAUCCUCGGUAUCAUCUUUUUCUGCUCCUGCAUUUAUCGAAGCCUCUCUUUUUCCUGCUGAUUCGUGCUCAUAUGUGGACAGUACGAGUGCUCAAACUCCUGUAUUGACUCCGCCUGAUGUGUGGAGCGGUCCCUCGCACCUCAGUAGUACUCGACUCUCACCUCCUGUUAAAAAGUAUACUCGUUCUGCUGGGAAGCGAUUGCCUCGCAUUAGAACCAUGUCUGCCAAGCGAGCUACAAAGCUAUUGUCACCGCUUUGCUCUGUUUCCCCCGUCUCCAAAAUUAGUCGAACUCAUUCAUCACCGCCUUUGCCCCAAAAGGAAACCAUAUCAGCAUCUCGUCCAGAAUCAAUCUUUUCAGAUUCAGACUCGGAUUCGUGUUUCAAUGUCGAUAAUGAUCCCAUUUCAGUUGCUACUGCUGCUGCUGCUCAAUUGCAAAUCAAAUCAACUGCCUCACUCGAGCGUCCAGCUACCAAGUCCAAAAAAUUUACAUAUAGCGAAAUGACUCCUUGUGCCAAUAUUCUUUGUCAAGAGACGUUUAAAAGCCAGCACCUUUUACAAGCACAUGUUCGACGAUUUCAUGCGGAAGACAGACCUUAUGUAUGUAGCAUUUGUUCAACAAGUUUUCAUCGUAAGCAUGAUCUUUCACGACAUGCUCGUUCCAUCCACGGUAAAGGAAAGCAGUUUCAUUGCGAACCUUGUCAAAGGAGUUAUGCCAGAUCCGAUGCACUCAAGCGGCAUAUUCUAUCUGCUGCACAUCGCAAUUUUCUUCGUAGCAUAUCAACUGGUGAUGGCGCGUCAGAAGAUGCAAUCCAUAGAAUUUCCUCCAAUGUCGGAGUUGGUAUCAAAAACAAAAAUGCCUACAGCAAACACUCGGAGAGUUGAUAUUGAACUGGAACUCGCCCACUGUUUGUCAUGAUCACUAUUAUUUACACUGUCUGGCUUUAUCAAGGUCAUACAAACAAGUGUUUUAAAAUCAGUUUCUUAUCAUUUAAAGUCAUAUCUUGCUUUACUUUCAUUCAGCUGCUUACCAGACCAUGCUAUUUUAUUUGAUUCUCUUUACAUUCCUACCCAUCACAGUGAAACUUUGAUCCAUCACAAACUCGUCCAAGCUCAUUUGUAUUGCAGCAUACGCAUUUUUCUGACUUUAUGUAAUCAAAUCAUUCUUUAUAUCCUGAUUAACUGCUCAAUCCUUUACACUUUUAACUAAACUUUAUACACGAUGUUGAUAUUAAAUUUUUGAUUGCCUCCUUUU